AUGAAUCCUGCAGAUAUUGCUCGAAUCGUUGUCGGCAUCCUAGGAAACAUCAUCUCGGGCUUCAUGUUCUUAUCUCCCCUGCCAACAUUUUUGGACAUAUGGAGGAAAGGAACGGUGGAGCAGUACUCGGCGAUGCCGUAUUUAGCGACACUGGUGAACUGUAUGGUGUGGACGCUGUACGGUUUGCCGAUGGUGCACCCGAAUAGCCUCUUGGUUGUGACCAUAAACGGGGCGGGUUGUGUGGUGGAGCUGAUCUACGUCAUCAUCUUCCUCAUAUACUCUCGACGCACCAAGAGGCUCAAAGUCUUUCUUUUGCUUCUUGUUGAGAUCCUUUUCAUCUCUUCUCUUACUGUUCUCUCCUUAACGCUUCUUCACACCGUCAAGAAACGCUCCGCCGUCGUCGGAACCAUUUGUGCCCUCUUCAACCUUAUGAUGUAUGCUUCUCCUUUGACCGUCAUGAAAAUGGUGAUCACUACCAAAAGCGUGGAGUACAUGCCUUUCUUUGUGUCUCUUGGCACCUUUGGCAAUGGCGUCGCUUGGACUACCUAUGCUCUCAUCCGUUUUGACCCUUUCAUUGCUAUACCGAAUGGGAUAGGAUUAUUGCUAUCGGUGGCUCAGUUGAUCCUCUAUGCCACUUAUUACAAAUCCACGAAGCGGCAGAUUGCAGAACGGAAGUUGGCCGCCAAGGGGCAAGUGGAGCCCACGCUUUCCGAGGUGGUCGUCCUUGCCAAUCCUACCCUUCCCAACCGCAGAAAGAUAAGUGCUGUGUCUCACUAA